AUGGACAAAAGUGGCGAAGCAUUUGACAGAAACCAACUCGGUGAUGACACAGAUAUUAUGGAGCGCUAUCCUCCAACGAUGAAGGAUACCCAGGUCAGCCCGACACUUUCACACACCGACGUGGUGCAAUGUGGGAAUCUUCAUCCUGAUAAGAAUAGUCUAUCGGUAUUGGAAGCGUGUCUGCCUACCGAUGAGGAUACCAGCUUGACGAAUCAUAGUAGUGUCUCACUAGUGAAGACAGCUGCACCUCUUGUCUACAAGAUCAGCGACAACCCCCCAAUUCAUCUUACAAUCGUCUUCGCAUUCCAGCAAGCACUCUUGGCGUUCGCCACACAGCUGAUGAUAUCCCUACUCGUGGCCCAGGCUGUUCAUGGCGAGCAUGAUCCUGUUCUCCGAAGCAACCUGCUUGGAUCAACGAUGUUCAUGUGCGGUUUCACAACAGUCAUUAUGUCCAUAUUUGGUCCCAGAUUGCCGAUAUUUCAAGGUGGAACUACAGAAUACAUCAUACCACUGCUGGUAUUACAGGACGCAGGACCAGACAGAUGUGACAUCACUGCUACUACAACUGGCACUACGAAAAUGAACGCUACCUAUAACUGGCAUAACUCCAAUUACUCUCAAUACCGGUCGCUUUCAAACAUCACUCAAAUGGUGGACGGAAGGAGUGUUCAAGGUCACCAGGACGUCGAUUUCGAUAAAUUACGUGGGUCCGAUAAGAUUGACGUCAGCCAAAAUAAUAGCAACAAAAUUUACUUGCAGAUGAUGGGAAGCCUUAUGAUAGCGGGCUCUAUCCACAGCGUGAUCGGCUUGACAGGACUUGUGGGCGUCCUGCUCAGAUUCGUCGGUCCCAUCACAGUGGCACCCACUGUCUUACUGGUUGGCUUGUGGAUGGCGAAGAUUGUUGCUAAUUUGAUAUCCAUACAGUGGGGAAUUGGAGUUAUGACGGCCUCUAUUUCCGUAAUACUGUCGUUAUAUCUGGGGAAUUGGAAGAUGCCCGUGCCUUUUUGGACUUGGAAAAAGGGUUUACACAUUAUACGUUCAAACUUCCAUCAAACAGCAGCGAUUCUGAUUGCAUUGCUGUCUGGCUGGGCGAUGUGCGCUAUACUCACGGCGUGUGGAGUCUUCUCCGAUGACCCGCACGCGCCCGACUACUUUGCAAGGACGGACAUCAUGCCGGGAGUGAUACAGAAUGCCAGCUGGAUUUACUUCCCUUACCCAGGCCAGUUUGGCGUGCCAUCGUUUAAUGGAGAAGCUUUCGUCGGGUUCUUCAUCGCAACUAUGAUUUCAAUCUUGGACUCGAUUGCUGAUUACUACGCAUGCGCAUUGGCUUGUAACUUACCGCCUCCUCCUGUCCACGCGGUGAACAGAGGCGUCGCCGUUGAGGGAUUUUGCUCAUUCCUGUCCGGAACCCUUGGCUGUGGACAUUCGACAAGUUCUUAUGGUGGAAAUAUCGGAGCUAUACGUGUUACAAAGGUGGCCAGUAGGCGUGUGUUCCAGAUGGUCGGUUUCAUCUUUAUGUUGUUUGGGAUUGUCGGUAAAUUGUGUGCCGUUUUCAUCACUAUCCCUAAACCUGUAUUGGGAGGAACAAUGCUGAUCAUGGUCAGUAUGUUCAUAGGAGUAAUGAUUGCCAACCUUCAGCAUGUGGACCUUACAUCUAACAGGAAUUUGGCCAUAAUGGGGAUCGCCAUCGCCGUCGGUACCAUUAUACCGUACUGGAUAGAAAAGAAUCCAGAUCGCUUGAAGACAGGAAACGAAGCUCUGGAUCAAAUCUUAGAUAUGGUGUUUGGUAAUGCUACUGUGGCGGGAGCUGUGCUAGCAUGUAUAUUGGACAAUACUAUAGCCGGAACUCCUACAGAGAGGGGUUUAACUGCAUGGAGAGAUGUGACAAGCGACGAACAGGGUGACGUUAGAAUCAAAGAAGGAAAUAUGUACACAGAUGGGUUGGAGAUCUAUGACCCCGUCGUUCCAGGCUGUGUGCGAGGGUGGAAGGGAUUCAAAUAUAUACCCUUCAUGCCUGAUGCUUUAGCGUAUACGUCAAAUAAGGGCGAGAAAAAGGAGAUAAUCUAG